CUUUCAUGAAUACAUGGAGCUCCAGAGACAAAGGUUAUAUUUCACACUAUGUGCUGACUGUCUGUACUUACAGAAGAUAUUUAAAAACAAUUUUUUUUCCAAAAAAUUUGAUUCCAGUGGAAUCUGUGCUUUAAAUUUUGUCUUGUGAAUUAACGCCUGAAGCAAUGCCUGUACAAGCUCCACAAUGGACGGAUUUUCUCUCCUGCCCUAUUUGCACACAAACCUUCGACGAAACGAUCCGGAAGCCCAUCAGCCUGGGCUGUGGCCACACAGUCUGCAAGAUGUGCCUGAACAAGCUCCACCGGAAGGCAUGCCCCUUUGACCAGACCACUAUUAACACAGACAUCGAGCUUCUUCCCGUGAACUCUGCUUUGUUGCAGCUUGUGGGGGCUCAGGUGCCAGAACAGCAGCCAGUACCUCUGUGCAGCGGUGCUGAGAAUACCAAGCAUUAUGAGGAGGCCAAGAAAUGUGUGGAAGAACUAGCCUUGUACCUUAAACCACUCAGCAGUGCUAGGGGUGUUGGGCUGAACAGCACCACCCAGAGUGUACUCAGUCGCCCUAUGCAGCGGAAGCUGGUGACCUUAGUCCACUGCCAGCUGGUGGAGGAAGAAGGGCGGAUCAGGGCGAUGCGAGCCGCGCGGUCGCUAGGAGAAAGGACGGUCACAGAGCUCAUCCUCCAGCACCAGAACCCCCAGCAACUCUCCUCCAACCUUUGGGCUGCAGUGAGGGCCAGAGGCUGUCAGUUCCUUGGACCAGCCAUGCAAGAGGAAGCUCUCAAGUUGGUUCUUUUGGCUUUGGAGGACGGAUCUGCUUUGUCACGGAAGGUCUUGGUUCUCUUCGUGGUACAGAGGUUGGAGCCGCGAUUUCCUCAGGCUUCGAAAACCAGCAUUGGGCAUGUUGUCCAGCUCCUUUACAGGGCCUCUUGUUUCAAGGUAACUAAACGCGAUGAAGACUCCUCCCUGAUGCAGCUGAAGGAGGAGUUCCGAACGUAUGAAGCUCUGAGGCGGGAGCACGAUUCCCAGAUUGUGCAAAUUGCGAUGGAGGCUGGUUUGCGCAUCGCCCCAGAUCAGUGGUCCUCGUUGCUAUAUGGUGACCAGUCCCACAAAUCCCACAUGCAGUCCAUCAUUGACAAGUUGCAGACCCCAGCCUCCUUUGCACAGAGUGUUCAGGAGCUAACAAUUGCUCUCCAGCGGACUGGAGACCCCGCCAAUCUGAAUAGGCUUCGACCUCAUCUUGAACUCCUAGCAAAUAUUGAUCCCAGUCCAGACGCCCCGCCACCCACGUGGGAACAGCUUGAGAACGGGCUGGUUGCUGUGCGGACUGUGGUACACGGCCUGGUUGAUUACAUCCAGAAUCACAGCAAGAAAGGAGCAGAUCAACAGCAGCCUCCGCAGCACAGCAAGUACAAGACAUACAUGUGCCGUGAUAUGAAGCAAAGAGGAGGGUGCCCCCGUGGGGCCAGCUGUACCUUUGCACAUUCGCAGGAAGAGUUAGAAAAAUUUCGUAAGAUGAACAAACGUCUGGUUCCUCGAAGACCCCUGAGUGCCUCCUUAGGCCAACUGAAUGAAGUGGGCUUAUCUUCAGCAGCUAUCCUGUCAGACGAAGGGGCAGUGGACCUGCCCAGCAGAAAACCCUCUGCCUUGCCAAAUGGGAUUGUUUCAGCCGGCAGUGCAGUGACACAGCUUAUCUCUCGUGGAACUGACUCCAGCUACGAUUCAGCACUGAAGCCUGGGAAGAUCGACCACCUUAGCAGCAGUGCCCCUGGGUCACCUCCUGACUUGCUGGAAUCUGUUCCCAAGAGCUCUCUGUCUGCCUUACCAGUGAACUCUCAUCCCGUGCCACCCCGGGGACCGGCAGACCUGGCUCAGAUAUCCGUCGGCAAGCAGCUCCAGAUGGUACCACGAGGCUCCCCGUUAUAUCCUGCUCAGCAAGCCGAUGUGUUUUACCCAGAUCCUCGGGGAGCAGCCCCACCAUUUGAACCCCCACCCUACCAACCAGGUGUGUAUUAUCCUACAGCUCAGUCUUCACAGUGUAUGUCUCGAUUUGUCCGACCUCCACCAUCCGUUCCUGAGCCAGGUCCUCCGUAUUUAGAACAUUGCUCACCAUACUUCCAAGACCGCGUGGUGAAUUCUCAGUAUGGCGCACAACCACAGCAAUACCCUCCUAUGGGACAGCCCAUGUACCCUCCCCACUACGACAGCCGCCGUGUGUAUCCCUCUGCUCAGCCAUACCCCCGGGAAGAGAUCAUCAGAGGAAGCCCUGUGCCCAUUGAAAUUCCUCCACCAGCUGUAUCGCCAUAUGUACCUGAAACAAGAGACAGAUAUCCACAAGUGGAAGGCUACUAUCCAGUCAGUCCGCAUCUCAGCCAGAUCCGACCUUCGUAUCCCAGAGAGCCUUAUGGCCGGCCUCCACCUCAGCCACACCCCAGCCUAGAUGAACUGCACCGUCGUCGGAAAGAGAUCAUGGCUCAGCUAGAGGAAAGGAAAGUCAUCUCCCCUCCUCCUUUUGCACCGUCACCAACUCUGCCUCCCUCUUUCCACACUGAUGAGUACAUGGAUGAAGACCUGAAGUUAGCUGGCAAAUACAAAGGAAAUGAUUACAGCCAGUAUUCUCCUUGGUCAUGUGACACCAUCGGCUCCUACAUCGGAACCAAAGAUGUAAAACCCAAAGACAUUGUGGCAGCAGGGACUGUGGAGAUGGUGAACGUGGAUAGCAAAGGGAUGCGAGACCAGCGGUUGGAUUUGCAGAGGAGAGCAGCAGAGACUGGCGACGACGAUCUCAUUCCAUUUGGAGACCGGCCCACCGUCUCAAGGUUUGGUGCAAUCUCACGUACGUCUAAAACUAUGUACCAGAAUCCCGGGCCCAUGCAAGCCAUGACAGUUCAAGGAGCUUCCACAAAACCAGUCAACAUUUCAGAUUACAGCCCUUAUGGAACACACAGCGCAUGGGGAGGCUCACCAUAUGCACCCCACCCAAACCUACCUUCUCAGGGACGCCUUAGUGACAGGGAAAGAUUGUCCAUAACAGAUGCAGCUGGCCAUGGGAAGCCUUUGCCCUCGGCCGAGAGGGAGCAGCAGCUUCGGCUUGAACUGCAACAGCUAAACCAUCAGAUCAGCCAACAGACACAACUUCGAGGACUGGAGGCUGUUAGUAACAGGCUGCUGUUGCAGAGGGAGGCGACCACCUUGGCAGGCCAACCACAGCCCCCACCGCCACCUCCCAAGUGGCCUGGAAUGAUCUCGAGUGAACAGCUGAGCUUGGAGCUACACCAGGUGGAGAGGGAGAUCGGGAAGAGAACCCGGGAGCUGAGCAUGGAGAGCCAGUCUUCCCUGGAAGUGAAAAGCAAACUGGGUGCCAGUAAGCAAACAGAAAACGGGCAACCAGGCAAGGUGCCAGCUGAGGACCUUGCGCUGGCAUUCAGCAGUGAUGUUCCGAAUGGAUCAGCCCCAACCCAAGAAAAUGUCGGCCUCCUCUCAAACAAAACUGCAGCUCUGAGCUUGUCAGAGGACACCGAAGGGGGAGGAGGUGAGCAGGACACCCAGAGGGCAGGGACAACAUCCACAUCUGCUCCCUGAAGGAACAAAAAGCAUCCCUCCACUUCUGUCGGGGGUCACCUCCCCCCUCCUCCUCGGGAUGAUGGGAGACAGCAAGAACUCAACGGCAGCAGGUCCGGAGAUAAUGUGCACAACACCACUACUAGAAACAAACCCUGCACAUAGUUCACAUUAACACAUUUUUUAAUUAAAAAAAAAAUGAAAAUUAGCAGUAUCUGCA